UUUAACCGACGUUAAAAAUUGACGACCAUAGAGAGAAAUGGCGACUGCAACUGCAAGUUCUGGCCCUGCCUCUUCUUCUGAAACAUCAUCUGCAAAGCCUUGGCCUAAUAACAGAGAUGCUUACGAAAUCAAAACGGUCCUCGGUCAUGGAGCUACUGCGACUGUCCACAAAGCAAUCUGCCUUCCUCGUAAUGAGGAGUGCGCCAUCAAGAGGAUUAAUCUGGAGAAGUGCAACACGACCAUGGAAGAACUAGUGAAAGAGAUACAAGCAAUGUCUUUAUGCAAACACGUCAAUGUGGUACAGUACUACACCUCCUUCGUUGUUAAGGAUGAAAUUUGGCUUGUUAUGAGGCUGCUAGAAGCUGGCUCCUGUCUUGAUCUUAUCAAGUACAUGAUGAAGAAAGGAAAAGGAAAGGGAGGACUAUUUGAAGAAGCUGUCAUUGCAACAAUCCUUAAAGAAACGCUACUAGGUCUUGAAUACCUCCAUAAAAAUGGUCAAAUCCAUAGGGAUGUUAAAGCAGGAAACAUCCUCCUGAGUUCCGAUGGUACAGUCCAGCUUGCCGACUUUGGUGUCAGCUCGUGGAUUGCGACUGGUGGCGACCUCUCCCGUGAUAAGGUCCGUACGACCUUCGUUGGUACACCGUGCUGGAUGGCACCAGAGGUCAUGGAACAGGUGAAUGGAUAUAACUUCAAAGCCGAUAUCUGGAGUUUUGGUAUCCUGGCCAUAGAGCUAGCUACUGGUGCUGCACCCUAUGCAAAGUUUCCUGCCAUGAAGGUGCUGAUGCUAACUCUUCAGAAUGAACCGCCAAACCUUGAUUCCUGCUCAGAAAACAAAGAUGAAUACAAGAAAUACAGCAAGGAAUUCAAGAAAAUGAUCUCAAAGUGCUUACAAAAAGAUCCACAGAUAAGACCUGAUGCGUCUGAACUGCUCAAGAGUCCGUUCUUCAAGAAAGCCAGAGAAAAGAAGUAUCUUAUUGAGAGUCUCAUUCAAGAAGGACUCAAAGUCAGACAAGCACAGCAACAAAAUGUCAAACGAGUACCAGGGUCAAGCGGUCGCCUGCAUAGGACGGUAGACGGGGCAUGGGAAUGGUCAGACGAUGAACUGGACGAGAAUAGUCAGGAAGGUAAAGCGGCAAGCAUUGGACGAUCACCAAGGGUUGGGGCACAGUUCAAGGAGGCUCUAGAGAAUGAGAUGGGUACAAAGGCAGAACCAGAGACUAUCAAGAACGAGGAUGUGAAAUCAGUCAAUGCUCCAAGAAGCGGAGAGACAGAACAAAGUGUAGAAGGUGGAGAAGGAGGAGACCAAACCCCACCCCUAAGAAUCAUCCUCAGACUCAGGAAUGCAUCAAGGGAAUUGCAUGAUAUCAGAUUUGAGUUUAGAGUGGACCAGGACACACCCAACGGACUCUCUCAGGAACUGGUCAAGGAAGGUCUGGUCGACGGCAGGGAUGUCAUUGUUGUUGCAGCAAAUUUGGAGAAAGUUGUGAAAGAUCGGGAUUGUAAAUCUAGGACGUUUAGACUGAAUUCUGGUUGUGAAGUGAACGAAGUGGCAGACGACAAAGCUCUUAUAGGCUUUGCUCAGCUUACUGUCAGCUAGUCUUGCUUCAAGCCCCUAAAGGAUGUCUUGAAGACAGAAACUACACAAUGUAAAGGAAACGAAUGUAGGGUGUAUAGAGAUUUUUACAAUUAUAUUGCUUCUUUAAAAAGCUGGUAUCAAGUCACGCAUUGUUAAUUGUCAUGGAUUCA